CUUUCAGUUUGAGCGACACCGCUGCACUCAGACCGCUGCAAAGAUGGAGUUUGCUUGCAGCCAUGUUGUUUGCAACUGGAGUCCAGAUGGACCAGGCGUUUUUCCUAUGGGGCCCGAGUAUGACAACAUAGUGCCAGUAAAACAACAAGCAGAUGAGGUUCCUCCACCGCUGCCCCCUCGUCGACUGAGGAAACCUCGGCCUACUUCUCUUCCACUUUACAACAAUUCCUCCUUCGAGCCUCCGUCUGCUCCGACCUCCCUCCCUCCUCCUGUUCCUCCCAGACUUGACAAGCUGGAAGGAUUAACCAGGUUGAAGGCCAACGUCAACGUUGUCUCACUCAAUGUUGGAAAACUGGUUGAUAUCAGUCAAGACUCAGGCAUGGAGACUUUUCAAAGGCCAGUGAUUUGUGGGAAAUGUAGUGCUGCUUUGUCAUGUCUCAGUUCAUUACAGAAGAACGUUUGGCGAUGUGAGUUCUGUGGAUAUGAAAACAGUGUAGAUGAAAGUUUAGCUGCUUUGUGCAUUGGCCAGCGAGCCGGUGUGCGCAGUGAUGACCUUUACCUGCCCAGACAGAGUGAAGACGACUAUCAGAACUUGGAGGACACGCUAGUUGUUUUCUGCGUGGACACUUCUGGCAGCAUGAGCGUUACUACAGAGGUUCCAUCAAGCAAUGGCUCUGUAACAUACGUAUCCAGACUAGAGGGUAUGCAGGACGCCCUCUACAGGGCACUAUUCACCAUAAAGCAACGGUCCCCUCAUCGGAGGGUGGCUCUGGUGACAUUUAACGAUGAGGUUGUAAUAUAUGGUGAUGGUACUAGUGCUCCUAUCACACUCAGGGAUUGGGCGCUAGUUGACUACGACCAUAUAUGGGAAAAGGGUGUGACUUACCACAUCCCACACUGUAUCGCUGAGACCUACAACCACCUAAUACAGAGGGUCAAAGAACUCAGGGAACAUGGAGCCACGUGUCUCGGUCCCGCAGCAUUAGCCUCCGUUGCUAUGGCUUCAAGGUACCCCGGGUCAAAAGUAAAUAUUGUCAGCAUUGGCACAGUAGCAAGAGAGAUUCAAUCGGUCUCCGAAGAUAACGUCCUAGCUACAGGAGUCAAAGCAACCCUGCUCGCUUCUGAUGGAGUGUAUUUUCCAUAUGAGGAUGAAAACAAUCACAAACUGGUAAGAGAGAUUGGGAAUGUCACCAAAGGUCUGGAGAUCACCUUCCAGUUUGCUGUAAAACCUGAUUUUAUGGAAUUUUUUCUCCAGAAAGGAACGCUUCCAUUCCAACUGCAGCUCAGCUUCAAGACCAGAGACCAACACAGAAUCACUCGCAUCAUCACUGAACAGCGACCAGCAACUACCUGCAGUCGGAUUUUUGCAGGUAGACUUAACAUGGCAGUGCUCGAUGUUCACUGCGCACAGCUCUGUGCCAGUUUAACCAUGGAGGGUAAAGUGCAGGAGGCACAAAGGCAGCUGAAAGCACAGCAAGACCUGCUACAACAAGUCAGGUAUGAGUUUUGUAGAGGAUACAUGGAGAAAAAGCUGACUCUUUCUGAUGAAGCAGCUAAGGUGGUGUACCAGAUGAAGAGAGCCAGCAGUGUCAGAAACAACAACAACAGCAGCAACACAGUUAAUGUCCAAAAGAAGACCACAAAGAAGAAAAAGGCUGUCAUGGAGGCUGUGUAA